AUGCCUUCUGUUUAUAGUUUGUUAGACAACAAGAAAGCUCUCAAUAACAGUUAUUACCACAAUAAUUAGCCAAAGAUGCGUGCCUUAAUGAGGAGGCGUGCAUGUAAAAUUAGUGAAAACUUUUACCAAUGUCUAAACGAAACUUUGCUGAGCAAUUAAAUGUGAGCGUAUAAAAGGGUCUAGCUGACAUUUGAGUCUCUGUCAUAGUUAGUUAUAUAUUGAUAAUAUAUACAUAUAUUUGAGAACAAUGCUUAACAGCCAUGAGUCAGCCAUUGGACAAAGCUUCUAUAAGAUACCACGUUUAUCUGGGCGAAUAGUGGGCAUCUGGCCAGAGUAUGAUCGCAGCUGGGCUACAAAUCUAAUCUGCGCCUUCAGCUUCUUUGUCAUUUUGGUCGGUGCUUGUGGCGAGAAUCUCUAUGGCAUUGCUAACUUGGAUAAUUUGAUAAGAGCGUUGGAAGCGUUCUGCCCCGGCAGCACUAAGGCCGUUUGUGUGCUCAAAUUGUCCAUAUUUGUUAUAAAUCAUCGCGAGUGGUUCAAACUUGUCGAGCGAUUGCGCGUUAUAUUGUACAGCAGCAGAAGCUAUGAGGCUCAGAAGACGUUAGUCGGUAAAUCCACAAUAGCGAAUCGCCUAAGUCUGCUGUUGGUUUCCUCCGGCUCGAUAACCAACAUGGCCUUCAAUAUUCAGCCCUUGAUAAUGCGCCUUUAUCGCUGGGCUUACGAAAUACCGGGACAACUGGAUCUACCCUUCAAUAUAAUGUAA